ACACUAUCCAAACGUCAAAAUGUUAACCUUACUUUUGUGUCAAAGUGUUGUUGACUAAUACGUUUGUUUUUGUCGAAAAUAUUGCCCCAAAAAUGGCCAAAAGUCCAGGAAUAUCCCCCGAGAAGCAGUUGGCCAGUCCUAUAAAAAGUUCUCAGACAGAAAUCGUGUUCAAAAAGCCCGAAACGUUACCUAAAAGACGACGAAAACAAACCAUACUUGACGAAGAAACUUACAUAGAGAAAAUGGGAAAAAUUAUACAGAGAGAUUUCUUUCCUGACUUGGAAAAGCUCAAAGCUCAAAAUGACUACUUGGACGCUUUGGAAAAAAAUGAUAUGACAAGACUUAGAGAAAUUCACAUGAAAUACAGUGGUCGGAGGCCCCCCACGGAACGAAUUCCUAGUCCAGCAACUUUCGAAACUCCAGCCAACAUCCACAGUUCCCAAAACACAGAAACAGAUCCCCCCGUACAAGAUCAACAACAAGAAAAUCAGGAUAAGGAAUCCAGUGACCCAAAACUGAGUCUCGAUCAGUUUCUAAAUGUCCACACCUCCCAGGACAACGAAAGCUUUAAAGAACUAAUGAUAGAAGCCGACAAGAAACACCAAGAGAAAUAUUCAUACUUGUACAAAGAAGAGAACAAAAGUAACGACGAGCAGCGAAUGUUACUGGCACUGCCGUCUGUUGAACAGCAGUGUGAACUAUCUGAAAAAAAGUUCAUCGUUGAUACGUGGGGCUACAAAAAUAAAAACUACAUCAUGUUCGUCCCCGAUGGGGUUGAACUUACGGACGAAGAAAAGAUAGAAAUGAGCAAAAAGAAGCAGGAAAUUGUCCACUCGAAUACCAGGCUCAGAGAAAAUCCAUUCAAUGAAGUACAAAGUAAGGAAACAAUAAACGAACUGGCAAAAUCACAGGCGAAGGUUUUGGAUGGUAAAAUUGGAGUAGACGGUAAGGAACUGAUCCCACCUGACACUCCCAAAAUAAACGGUUUCAAACUCGUUAGAAGUCCGUCCCCGUAUCCAGGGGUGGCGCAGAGUCCUCUCAUGACGUGGGGUGAAAUAGAAGGCACUCCUUUCAGACUAGAUGGCAGCGAUACGCCCAUACCGAAAACUCCAGGACCGGCUUUUAAAAUUGCGGAGCCUGCAAAACGUGAGAAGAUUGCAUUGGCUUUGGCCGAAAAAGUUGGCGAAAAACAUCGCGAAGACAAACGAAAAGCUAUGGACGUUGCCAGGAGGCAGUUUGCAACCCCUUCCCCGAAACCCAACACCCCUUUUAGCGAUCGCUUAGCGUUAAUGUCGCCCGCAGCAAGAAGAUUGGCCACGUCAAGAUUGAAGUUGGGCAGUUCGGAGUUUGGAUCACCCCUUACUUCUCCGAGUCCGCUAGGACGUUCGAUUACUCCCCGAAGAGUCACCCCGGUAUCAAUAAGACGGGCAGUUACCCCAAAAAUAAAUUUAGGCAAAAAGAGGGUCGACGAUAAUUUAACUGAUGAUUUGUUAAAAAUUAAUGUUCCCAAAAGAAAUAGGGCAGCUGACUUUUUUUGAAUUGGGUGUAUGUGUAAUUAAUAAUUACGACCCUGUGCUGAAUUUAUUGGAAUAUACAUUUCGUUUAAUUUUUUUGUAUGUAUAUAAGGCUACAAUAAAUGGUUUUGUUGAAAA